AUGACUUUAUUAUGGUAUCUUUGUAUAUUUUUCAUCUAUUUUUCUUUUGUUAAACUUAAAAUAACAAAUAUAAAUAUUACUAAUAUUAUAUCAACAAGAUCAUCAGAUAGAUUAGAAAUUGAUAAUUCUACAAGAAAAUUACCACAUGUUACAAUAUUAGGUGCACUAAUAAAUAAUGAACAUAUCAAAAUACUUCAAAAUACUAGUAUAGAUUCAAAUAAAGAUUUAAAUAUUUCAUCACAAUCAUUUAUUCUUAAUUCAAAUCCAUUAUUAACCAUGUUAGAUUUAUGUGAAAUUGGUAAUACAUCAAAUGCAAAAGUAAUUAUUGCUGGUCAUAUGAUUGACGAUAAUAAUGAUGAUGAUGAUUUAACAUUAAAUGCUAUAUCAUAUGUAUCAAAUUUUUAUCAUAUACCUCUUAUAACAAUAACAUCAAGAGAAAAUAUUCUUUCCGAUAAAGCAUUACAUGAUUUUAUUAUACGAUUAGCACCACCAUAUUUAUAUGAAGCUGAUGCUUGGUUUAGUAUAAUUCAAAAAUUAAAAUAUACAAAAGUUGUAUUAAUUUAUAGUCAAGAAGAAGAAAGUCGAAUGGUUGCAUCAAGAUUUCAAAUGCUUACAGAUGAUUCAGAUAUUCAAAUUGAACGAAUAGAAGAAUAUACUUUAAAUACAAAUUUUACAUCAUUAAUAUUAAAUUUAACAACUGAAGAUCGUUUAUUAGCACAUAUCGAUGAAUUAUUAUUAGCUAUUGUACGAUUACAAAAAUUGGAAAAUUUUGUCUGGAUUAUAAAUGAACGUGCAUUAAAAUCAAAUAAUUCAGCUUUUUUUGAUGGUCUUCUUGCUGUUAAAUUAAAUGAUUCAUUUAAUGAAGAAAAUCUUCUUAUUGAUGCAACUCAACUUAUUAGAAAUACAUUUAUUAAAUUUCUUAAUUAUACACCUUUAUUUUGGUCAGAAAAUAUGUCCGUUAUCGAUUGUUUAUCAACAGAACCUUGGAUAUAUGGAAAAGAUGUUUAUAAAACAUUAGUUAAUACAAGUGUUAAACAUGGUAAAACAGGUAAUAUUGAAUUUAAUGAAGAAGGUGAUCGUAUUGAAUCAUUAUAUAAUAUAAUUAAUAUUCAAUUUGGACAACAGAAAAUUGUUGGCUUUUAUCGUUCGAAUACAAGUACUUGUAAUACAAGUCGGAUGUGUCGAGAAAUUAUUGAUAAAACAGAAUUAAAACUUAAUGAAGAAGAAAUUAUUUGGCCUAAUGGAUUAAAUCGAAAACCUGAUGGAAUUCGUACAAGACGAAAUGUUUCGGUUGUUACUAUUGCCGAAAAACCUUUUAUAUUUCUUCGUCCUGGUAAUAAUUGUGAAUUAUCAUCUGAAGUUUAUUGUCCACAUAAAAAACUUAAUGGUUCAACUGAUGAAGAAUAUGAACCAUAUUGCUGUUAUGGUUAUUGUAUUGAUUUAUUACAAGAAUUAUCAAAAAAUCUUAGUUUUUUUUAUACAUUACAUCUUGUUGCUGAUGGUAAAUAUGGAUCAUUUGAAAAAGAAGGUGAUGAUAAACAUAAACGUUGGGAUGGAAUGAUUGGUGAAUUAUUAAAUUAUCAAGCUGAUAUGAUUGUUGCUCCAUUAACAAUGAAUCCUGAACGUGUAGAAGCUAUUGAAUUUACAAAACCAUAUAAAUAUCAAGGUAUAACAAUUCUUGUACGAAAGGAUACAAAUAAAUCACAUUUAAAAUCAUUUUUACAACCAUUUAAAAAUGGAUUAUGGAUAAUGGUCUUAUUAUCUGUACAUAUUAUUGCUGUUGUUCUUUAUUUACUUGAUCGUUUAUCACCAUUUGGUCGAUUUCAUUUUGUACAACAACAUGAAAGAAAUCCAAUAAAGAAAAAAAAUACAAAAGGAGAUAAACUUAGUUUAUCACAUGCACUUUGGUUUACAUGGGGAAUUUUAUUAAAUUCAGGAAUUUCAGAAGGAGUACCAAAAAGUUUUUCAGCUCGUGUACUUGGUAUGGUUUGGGCAGGUUUUGCUAUGAUUAUUGUUGCUUCUUAUACGGCUAAUUUAGCUGCUUUUCUUGUACUUGAUCGACCUGCAGCAAGUAUAUCAGGAAUUAAUGAUGCUCGAUUAAGAAAUCCUCAAGAUAAUUUUACAUAUGCAACAGUAAAAGGUUCAGCUGUUGAUAUGUACUUUAAACGACAAGUUGAACUUUCAACAACGUAUCGAAUAAUGGAAUCAAAAAAUUAUUUAUCAGUUGAACAAGCAAUAUCAGAAUUACGAGAUGGAGAUUUAAAUGCAUUUAUUUGGGAUUCACCAAGACUUGAAUAUGAAGCAGCACAAGAUUGUAAUUUAAUUACAGCUGGUGAAUUGUUUGGACGAUCAAGUUAUGGAAUUGGAUUAAGAAAAAAAGAUCCAUGGAUUAAUCCAUUAUCUCAUGCUAUAUUAUCACUUCAUGAAACAGGUUUUAUGGAAUUACUUGAUUAUCAAUGGAUUUAUUCAAACAAUGACAAACAAUGUUCUGAUCGUUCAUCAUCACCAGCGACACUUGAAUUUCGUAAUAUGCUUGAUGUCUUUUUACUUGUUGCUGGUGGAGUAAUUGUUGGUUUUUUUGUUCUUAUUCUUGAAAUUAUAUUUAAAAGACAAAAAGAACGAAUACAACGAGAAAAUGAAAUAUCUCAAAAGGUUAUGGUUUAUUGGAAAAAAAAAGUUGAUAGACGUAAUCAACAACGUUCGACAAUGUUUGAAUCUGAUAAUUAUGAACAACAAAUUCUUCAUUCAAAUUCUUAUUUUCCAUUAUCUUCAAAACGUAUUAACAAUCAUCAUACACAUGAGGAACUCAUUCGUCACGUAGUUACAUUUUCUCUCUCCCUCUCAAUUAAUAUUACAAUGGUUACUGAAACCCGACAGAGUCGUACACGUCUUCUUCAGUAUGAAUAUCAUCAUCAUAAUCGUAAUCGUCGCCGUCAUCAUACAUUAGACAAUGCGACUUUGGAUAAAUUCAAUUUUAUUUGUGUACAAUUACAUCCUGACGAGUCACGUACUGAUUCGUCACCAUCCCACACAAAUUUAACUACAACACAACCAAAAUCAUUUUCAAUUUCAACAACUUCUAUGGUAAUACCACCUCCAACAAUCUCAACGGUUACAACAGCAGCACGUCGUGUUCGUUUUAAAUUUGAUGAAAAUGAUAAAAAUCAAAAUAAUAUUGAUUUAAAUGAUAAUCGACAUACACGUUCAUCUGAUGAUGUCAGAUUACCCGAAAAAAUUUCUAUUCAUCGUGUCGAGUUCGAAAUUCCUAUUCAAAAAGAUAUAAAUCCAUGGUUAAAUGUCGAUUGUUCAACACAAUCAUCUUUACCAGCUAAAACACGUUCGUUAACAACAAAAAAAAUUGAUAUGAAACAUAUUAAUAAUAAUGCAAUCCGUGUGCAAAAUAUAGCACCAUUUAUUGAAGCUGAAAUCAGUUCUCAAAUGCCAACAGCUAAUGAUUCUGAUAAGACUCAAUCACAAUGGUACAGACAAAUGUAUGGUCAUUUACAUAGACCAUUGGAAAUAAAACAAGACCAUCAACAAAAUCCUUAUACACCAACGUAUACAUUUCCGGAUGAUUUUAACGGUGAUACCGAUCUUAUGGAAGAUUAUAUAAGAAAAAAAGCAUCACAACCAAUUGAUAAUAAUAAUAAUAAUAAUAAUGAAAAAAAUUCUUCGUCCACUCUAGUACGUCCAUUAAUUUCAAAUCUAAAAGAUCAACGAAAACCAUCAAAACGAACUCCUGGUCAUAUAGAAAAAGUUACACGUUUUGAAGAUCAUUAUUCAUCACCUGUUGCUUCAUCUUCAACAGAACAAUUUAAAUUGAAUAAUGAUACGCCAACAAUAUGCACAUCUUCUAUAAAUACUAAUUUACGUUCGAACUCAAAUGAUACACCAACAUCAGAUAAUGAACAAAAAUUAAUUUAUAAACGAAUAUUACGUGGUGGAGAUAUUCCAUCAAUUAAUUUACAAAAAAUACCUAACAAUAAUCGAGUACGUAAAGAAACUAUUGAAUAA